ACUCAUUUCCAUCUCGAUAACUCUCGACAGCCUAAUAUUCCACCAUGAACACCACCCUCAAAUCCCCAUCUCUGGCUAGACAGCUCACAACAUCAUCCAAGCCAAGUCUCCUCCUUAUCGGCCAACUUCAACACUGCCAACGAGAAUGGGACAAUCUCCACUCCAAAUACAAACUCCUCCAAUUCCGAGGCAACAGAGCCCAAUUCCUCUCCAGCUGCAAAUUCGGCCUCUUCGAUGGCACCGUGGGUCUCUACCGGACCAACUCCAUCACGGAAACGGGCCACUUCGAUCACGAGCUCAUCUCAACCCUACCCAGGACAUUGAAAUUCAUCGGCCUUAACGGAGCUGGGUAUGAUGGGAUGGAUAUCAAUGCUCUUGCGCAGCGGGGGAUCAAGGUAUCUAAUACCCCGGGUGUGGUAGCGGGUGCGACGGCCGAUGUGGCCAUGUUCUUGAUUCUGGGGGCUUUACGGCGUGCGAUGAUACCUCUUGAAGCGAUCAGGAAUGGCCAGUGGAAAGGUGAUACGCCUUUGGGAAAUGAUCCGGGGGGAAAGAUUCUUGGGAUUAUUGGGAUGGGAAGUAUUGGUCAGGCUCUUGCACGACGGGCAGCUGCGUUUGGAAUGAAGAUCAUGUACCACAAUCGAUCAAGACUUCCAGAGGAAAAGGAAGGCGUAGCAUCGUAUGCAACAUUCGACCAAGUCUUACAAUUCUCCGAUAUCCUCAGUCUGAACCUCCCUGCAACCCCCCAAACACAUCAUCUGAUAUCUGAACAAGAGUUUCAGAAAAUGAAAGACGGUGUCGUGGUUAUAAACACCGCACGAGGUUCUCUGCUAGACGAAGAAGCGUUGGUCAAAGCCCUGCAAACAGGCAAGGUCAGCUCUGCAGGGCUGGAUGUGUAUGGAAAUGAACCCCGAGUGCAUCCAGAGCUUCUCAACGACAAGAGAAUCAUGAUUCUCCCUCAUAUAGGUACCACGACGGUCGAAACAAAAAGGAAUAUGGAGUUGUUGGCCAUCCAGAACUUGGAAAAUGCGCUGGAUCGAGAGGAACUCCUGACUCCUAUUCCCGAGUGUUAGAGAUUUGCAUCUAGAAAUCAAGACAUUGGAUUGGUAGAAG